AUGACACCGCUUUCGUCCGUAUCUAACGCUCAGCAGUCCUUUGACAAAGCCAAGAAACACCUAUGGGCUUCCGACUCACCGACACACGAAAUGAGUGGCCAAAAUAGACACUCCGAGCAGCCACGCCACUCACUCCCUGAGGUUGAACGGGGUUCUAGCGACCAUGACGAGUGCCAACUGAACUCACAUGACGAUCCGUCAACUUCUCAGCGACGAUCGGAACGAAGAGGGUGUAUACUACCUUCGCCUUCACGGAGUAACCUGUACACUUUACCACCUCUCUCUCGCGAAGGAACAUAUGACCGAGAUGUUCGUCCGUUACCUUCUCGGUUCACAAAGUUCAUGGACCACUCGCCAGCACAAGAUGGGCAGCUUAGGCGCACUUCCACAGACUUGGAGACCUACCACCACAGUCGACAACAACGACCCGUCUCCUUGUCAGUUUUCAAUGCACCGACGGCGACGUACGCUUGGGAACGCUAUGAACCUGAAUCUCAGAUACCCUAUCCACGCCCCCUUUAUGUCGAUUACAUUGGUCGAAGUUCCACGCGGUCGGCAUCAUCAAGCUCCAUCUCCAGCUUACGCGAUUCUCCUGGCAUGCCUCGUCUUAGCAGAUCUCCGGCGCUAUCUGACCGCAGCAUCUCCACACCUACUUUACUCCCCCAAAAACGAAGAAGUUCGUCCCCGGCCGGACAUUAUCAUGCAUCUUCUGUCACGAAGAUCAUGGAACCGCUCAGGCCUUACCAGCGAACAUAUACUCCUCCUGAAAUGAUCAGUAGCCCACCAUUGCACAGAUCUCAAUCUGAUCGUCAUGUUUCGGCAAGACACAGCAUUCUGAGCGGCGGUAAUGAGCGUCACCGCCAACACGAGGACAGUCCAUGCGGUAGUGAUUCCAGUGAUCAGUCACAUAUUACCCGCCCAACAAUACCGCCCAAAUCAGAUUCAGAGGAGUGGGAGAAGUACGCUUGUUUUACUCUGGACGGCACGACACGGAAAUGGCUGUGCACCUGGUCGACAGAGUCGGGAGGACAGUGCAAAUACAUGUCCAAGAAGCAAUUAGUCAAACGCCACGUUGAAACGACUCAUUUGCGUUAUAAGCCAUUCGUAUGCGGUGUCUGCGGCAAAGGUUUUCCCCAGAAAACUUCUCUUGAUACUCACAUGCACGGACACACUGGAUCUACGCCACACGCAUGUCGGUAUAAUUGUGGGAUGUGGUUCAAGGAUCCAGCACGUAGACACAGACACAUGGUCGACGAGCAUCAAUACGUUCCAAGACAGUCUAAGAAGAAGCACACGAACGGACAACCCCAAGACACUUUGGACUUCGAAUCUGUGCAACGAUGGAAUGUAGCCAGUGCCCCUUAG